AAGGGUCAGAAAGAAUGGAAGUCCUCGAAACCGAAACCGCCUCCUGGACCGUCAUGCUCUCAUUACAGUGCUACUAGCUUCGAUUUUUGGUGUCUUGCACGUUAAUUCGCACUCUUGGGCCCGUCAUGGGGAAAAUGCACAGCCUUCCGCGUCCUCCGUGAUACUUCUAAUAACCGCGUCUUGAUUUGCUCAGGGUUGUUUCUAGUGGAUACAGAUCACAUUGAAACAACUGCGGAGGGGGAUGCAUGCUGGUUGCAGGGCAGCUUCUUACCACCAUGACCUCAACUACCAGACAUGCAGUAGAAUUCGUUUCUCUGGGUGCUGCAACAUGGCUGAUUUACAAGGCGCUUCAAUCGUGUCGAACACCCUCAAAAGCAACUGAGCUACGUGGACCGCCAAGGGAGAGCUGGCUUCAUGGAUCAGGGAAGAAAGAGUUCUUCUCCAGUGAGGGACUCGGGGAGGGAAAUUUGCUCUUGGAACGAUGUGCUGAACAAUACGGUUUGGCGUACCAUUUCCCGGGUCCACUGGGUACGAAGACAAUAGUAUUGAUGGAUCCGAAGAGUAUUGCACAUUUCUACGCCAAAGGAUCGACUGUCUAUGUAUUCAGCAAAAGUGUAAAGAAUACGAUCCAUAGGUUUGUCGGUAGAGGCUUGUUUUCAGCAGAGGGUGACGACCAUCGAAGGCAGCGCAAAUCACUCGCCCCUGCUUUCUCCACUGCAGCAAUUCGAGACGUAACGCAUGUCUUCUUCAAUUCAGCAUAUAAGUUGAAAGAUGCCUGGGAUGCACAAAACGUUGGGUUAGACGAAUUCAUCAUUGACGUUCAAACAUGGAUGAACCGCAUCUCUCUAGAUAGCAUUGGUAUAGCAGGCUUCGGGCACGACUUCAAUUCGCUCGAAGGCGAAAGCCAGGAAAUGACAGACGUCUUCGAUUCUUUCUACACACCAAACCUUCCAUCGGGCUUCAUACUCCUCAUCUUUAUGCUUCAAAUUAUAUUCCCAAUAUUCUCGAAGAUUCCCACAAAAAUGACUCGCUUGCAAAGCAGAAUGAAUGCUACACUUGAAGGCAUUUCGAGGAACCUUAUGAAGGGUAAGCGAAGCGAGGGAGAAGUGGCCUCCCACGGCCAGCUUGAUGUCGACCGGUCAGUAAUGGGAACACUUCUCAAAGCUGAGAGUUCCAGUUCAAAGCUAAAGAUAUCCGAGGAAGAGCUACUGGCUCAGAUGAAGACUCUACUAGUAGCUGGCUAUGAGACAACAUCCAUAAGCUUGACUUGGGCUCUUAUCGAGUUAGCAAGGCAUGCCGACAAGCAAGACAAACUUCGAAAGGAGCUCUGCGAAUUUUCUAGUAGCGACCCGUUAUAUGAUCAGCUUACAGACAGUCUUCCCUAUUUGAAUGCGGUUACGCUUGAAAUCCUUCGCUUACGUUCGCCGGCCGAGGCGACUCAACGUGUAGCUGCUUGCGACGACGUGAUACCACUCAGCAAACCCAUCACUAACCCUUCAGGCGAACAGAUUAACGAAAUAAUCGUACCUGAAGGCUCCACCGUCUUGGUGCCGAUAUCCGCCAUCAACUGCUCGGAAGCGAUCUGGGGUCCAGAUGCAAAGGCGUUCAACCCCGAGCGAUGGCUCUCCAAUGGCGAGGAUGUGAGUCUUCCGAGCAAGGUGAAGGAUAUCCAAGGAUAUCAUCACUUGCUUACUUUUGCAGAUGGACCAAGGAUGUGUAUCGGACGGGCGUUUGCCGUCGCAGAGUUUAAGGCUGUGCUCUUUGUUCUUAUACGUAAUUACGUAUUCUCAAUGCGGGAUGGACCAGAAACGAAGAUUGAAAUGGUUGCGACGAUUCUUCCCCGCCCGAAAAUUGCUGGAGAGGAAGGAUAUGCUGUACCGUUGCGCGUCAGGCGUGCUGAAUAAGGUUUUUUUCCUCAAUUUAUUCGAGCAUUGUGCAUUAUUUCCUGCAUAAUAAUCAUUUAGUUGCAUUUACGCAUGGGUUCCACGACAAGAAUCACGAAGAAAAGUGAAGAUUUCCAUAAUCCUGGCUCAAUGACAAGAUGCUGC